AUGAAUGAGAAAGAUGAAUGUGGGGCUAGCCCCCUUCAUCAUGCUGCUGGAGGGGGCCAUGUCAAUCUCAUCCAAUUCAUCACCUCUGUCAUAACUUCACAGGAACUGAACAGCUGUGAUGAGCAGGGCAACGUGCCUCUACACUGGGCAGUGGAGAACAACCAGGCCGAGAGCUGCAGGACUCUUUUAGACCUGGGGGCCAACCCCAAUAUUCUCAACAAGGUCCUCCUGUCCCCUCUGCACCUGGCUGUCAACCUUGGAUACAACAUUCUGGUGGAACUACUGGUAUCUUACAGCAUUACAGACUGUAAUCUGGAGGGAGACCUUGGAAACAACCCCUUGAUGCUGGCCUGCUCCAUCAACAACUGUGAGGCUAUCAGAAUAUUGAUGAAGCAUGGAGCGCGACUGUGCCAACAGAACAAACUCGGCCAUUAUCCCAUUCACGCAGCUGCCUUUUCUGGUGCAAAGAAAGCCAUGGAAGAGAUCCUGAAGAAUGGAGAGGAGUUGGGCUACUCCAUUUUAACACAUAUUAACUAUUUAGACAAAUCCAAUAGCAGUCCCCUCCAUCUGGCUGUUCGUGGAGGGAAUCUUGAAACCAUUCGCUGCUGCAUCGCUAAUGGGGCCAAAGUCGACCAGCAACAGAAUGACAGGUCCACGCCGCUUCAUUUGGCCUGCACUCAGGGUGCUACUGAGGUGGUCAAACUGAUGCUCUCCUCCUUUGACCAAGUGGAAGAUGUAAUCAACCUGACAGAUGGGGCACAUCAGACCCCUCUACACAGGGCUACUAUAUUUGACCAUGCAGACCUGGCAGAGUACCUAAUUUCUUUGGGUGCAGACCUAAACAGCACUGACUGUAAAGGAAACUCUCCCUUGCUGCUGGCUACGAGCUGUGGAGCAUGGAAAACUGUGGCUCUGCUUCUGUCAAAAGGGGCAAAUGUAAAUGUGAGAGACAGUUAUGGUUGCAAUUUCCUUCACCUGGCCAUUCUGCAGCCCAAGGGUCUGAAGAAUCUCCCAGAAGAAGUACUGCAGCUUAACAGUGUGAAGGUAUUGCUGAGUUGUGAGGACAAUGAAGGCUGCACCCCACUCCACUACGCCUGUAGGUUGGGUAUCCAUGACUCAGUGAAGAACAUGCUGGGCCUCUCAGGGCAGGUCGGUCUCAAAUGCAAGUCGAAGGACAAGAAGUCUGCCCUCCACUUUGCUGCUCAGUAUGGACGCAUCAAUACAUGUCAGCGACUGCUAGAGUCCAUUACAGACUCUCGUUUGCUAAAUGAAGGUGAUGAGCGGGGCCUGACACCUCUUCAUUUGGCUUCAAAAGGGGGACACACCAAGGUGGUACAGCUGCUACUGCGCAAAGGAGCCCUCUUUCACAGUGAUUACAAAGGUUUGACUUGUCUGCAUCAUGCUGCAUCUGAAGGGUACACACAUACUAUAGACAUUCUCCUGUCAGCCAAUCCCAAGUUACUGGAUAAAACAGAUGAGGAUGGGAACACUGCACUCCAUGUUGCAGCAAGAGAGGGACAUGUGGCUGCAGUCAAGCUCAUGCUGGCUCGGGGAGCAGAGCUCAUCUUAAACAAGAAUGACACUUCAUUCCUUCAUGAAGCUUUGCAAAAUGGGAAAAAAGAUGUGGUGAAUACUGUAAUUGACAGUGAGAGAUGUGCUGAGGCUUUACAGCUGUUCAAACACAACUCAAGCCAGCGAUGUCCCAUACUAGAUAUGAUAGAGUUCCUGCCUGAGACCUGCAAGCACCUACUGGACCGCUGUGUGAAGGAAUCAGAUGAUGAUCACAACAGUCCUGACUACCAUAUUGAAUAUGAUUUCACAUGGCUCCAAGCCCCCAUUUCAGUGAAGAAGUCGAGUGACAAGACUGGAACGUAUCAGCCACUGGCUGCCCUCAAUGCGAUGGCGCAGUACAACCGCAUUGAGCUCCUCAACCACCCUGUCUGCAAAAAGUACCUGGCAAUGAAGUGGGUUGCAUAUGGGAGCAAAGCUCAUUUGCUCAACAUGUUCAUGUACCUGUUAGGCUUGCUGCCUUUGACUCACCUGAUGGUGACUCUUAGGCCUACUAUGAACACUACUGACACAGGCGAGCACAGUAUCAUGAUGGUGCCUGUUUCUUUCCUAGAGCAAAGUCUGUUCUUGUCCUUCUGUAUGGUGAUGGUCUUUGUCAUGAACAUCUGUUGCAUAGCGAAGGAACUGGUGCAGAUAACGCAACAGCGCUGGAAUUACUUCAAGGAUUUUUCCAACCAGUGUGACUGGUUCUCGGCCGUCUGCUCUCUUCUGUUCAUCAUCCCCAUCAUGUUCAAUGCAGAGGGUUCUUUACACUGGCAAGCAGGGGCAGUGGCAGUUUUCAACUCCUGGGUUGGAUUUCUCCUUUAUCUCCAGAGGUUUGAGGGUGUUGGUAUCUAUGUUGUGAUGUUUGGGGAGAUCAUGAAGACACUGGUCCGGAUUGUUAUGCUGUUCUUGUACCUGAUGUUAGCAUUUGGAUUGGCGUUUCAUGCUCUAAUGCUAAACCAGAAAGAGUUUGACAGUGUACCACUGUCAGUGAUGCAGACCUUUGUGAUGAUGGUCGGGGAACUGAACUACCAGAAUAACUUCCUUGAUACUUAUCUAAAACAUGAGCUUCCGUUCAGUCUCUUAACCUACUUCAUUUUUGUGAACUUUGUUCUGCUCAUGCCAAUACUGCUGGUGAACCUGCUGAUUGGUUUAGCAGUUGGAGACAUUGCAGAAGUACAAAGAAAUGCUUCGUUAAAGAGAAUUGCCAUGCAGAUUGACCUCCACACCGCUCUGGAAGAUAAGCUCCCUUAUUGGUUUAUGAAAAGGGUCGACAAACCCUCCAUCACUAUCUACCCCAAUCGCAAGUGCUCCAGGCGCUACAUAAACCAACUCAUCUCAGGGGAAGAGGAGAAAAAUGAUGUUUGGAGUCAUCUGCAGUCCAAAUCACAGAAAUGCACUCUGAUAGAGAAUGAGCUUGUGAAGCACAAAAGCAGGAUGAAAGAGAUGUCCAGCAUGCUGGAGAAGCAGCACAACCUCCUGAAGCUCAUCAUCCAGAAGAUGGAGAUCACCUCGGAAGCCGACGAUUAUGACGGUCCUGUGAACAUCAAACGCGGCACGUGGCCGAGCUUGUGCCAGACCAAAACUAAAGGACACCGUGUGUCUCGGUGGGUUCCACUGAUGAAGGCCAUAGAGUGUAAAAAAAAGUGAAGAGGGUGAGCCAAAUAACAUGUAAACAUAGCGAUUACAUCAUUUCACAAACGGAAUUGUCACUCCAUACAUUAAUAAUCUAUAUACAUAUAACUGUAUAUGACUACUUCACAAUGUAAUUCAUUAUAUCAAGAGUUUGCCAUUGUCAAAGCUUAAAUGUAUCUGCUGGUCACACAUACUGAAGCUGGUCACUUAAUUAAGCACACUUCAUUGAUUAGUCUAUUAUGUAGUUUCAAAGAAUGUGAAUAAUAGUUGAAUACUGAAUAUAGUUGCAUAGUAUGUGGUAUUACUGUGAAAUGUUUUAUCCAGUAUAUGGCACUAAAGUUACCAGUGACCCACAGUACUGUAGAAUGUAAUGUAGUUUCAUGGUGUGUGUGUGUAUGUAGUGCUGCCAUACAUCUAUUACACAGUUGCUUUUGCUUCUUUGUGUGAAAUAUGUGAGCUUUCAUUUAUUAAACAUGAGCUUUCACUUCUCUUCUUCCACCUUAUUAAACAUAAAAUGAAUUAAAA